AUGUGGAUUAACGGUGAAGGCAGGUUGCAUAGUGGGAUUGUGCGAUCGCGUGUUCGAUCCGGCCUACAGGUAUUGGAGUUCUUUGGCCUUAUAAAUCCUGAGGUUGAAGCAUCAGGAUACACUGAUAGCUAUUAG